UGUCGAGUGCGCAAUAAAGUAUAUUAUAUUUAGUAUGGUUUAAUUGCACAUAGAAUAAGUUAAACAAGUCAGACGUUGUUGGAAGUGUGCGAGAUUUGGUGUGAAGUGGUAUUUACAACGAAAAAAUGACACAAUCACAGAUACGUGAAAACAAAUCUCCGAUCAGCAGGACGAGAGUUGUCGGCUCACAGGUGUUAGCAUGUCUGGCGCUGGACCUGCUACUAGUGGGCCUCGGCAUGUCCAUAAGCUUCGUGACAAUGGUCCUGCCAGAAGUACUGGACGCCAAGGAGGGUCUCUCUAUCAACGAGAAACAAGCCUCAUGGUUUGGUGGAAUGGCGUUCCUCUGCCAGCCGCUCGGAAGUAUAUUCUCCGGACCGCUCCUGGACCACUUCGGACGAAAAAAGGCCCUGUUCCUGGUUAACAUACCUCACCUCAUCGCGUGGCUGCUCAUGUAUUACGCCUGGGAUGUGCCCUCGCUGUUUAUUGCGAAUGCAUUGUUGGGCAUCGGUACGGGCAUCAUGGAAGCUCCCUCUAUUACGUACGUUGGUGAAGUUAGCGACUCGUCAGUAAGAGGGAUCCUGACAACGCUAACCAACAGUUUCACGUCGACCGGCAUGUUCCUGUCGUACCUGCUGGGCACAGUGCUGCCGUGGCGGCAGGCGGCGCUCGUGUCACUCGCUGUACCACUGACUACCAUGCUGGUCGUGCUGUUUGUACCCGAGACUCCGAUAUGGCUGCUUUCUAAAGGGAGGCAGAAAGAGGCCCUGCGGUCGCUCUGCCGGCUCCGAGGAUGGUGCGAACCAGAAGACGUCAAGAAAGAAUUCGACCAGCUCCUCAAAUAUAACGACGCUAUCCACCAAUGUGUUAUAUGCCUUAAAGAAGACAAAACUGCCCUUCCGUGUGAACACAUGACGGCGCCCCUCAUUAAGAGGAUUGUACUUAAAUACAAGCACGUUUUUCUAGUGAAAGAGACUAUGAGACCGUUCGCCCUAGUGAUGGCAUAUUUCCUAUUCUACCUGUUUAGCGGACUCAUGCCAAUCAGGCCGAAUAUGAUUAAUUUCUGCAAGGCGCUAGGGAUGAAGUACGAGACGAAAACUAUAGUGGUUCUAGUCGGCGCAGUAUUCAUUGUCAUGAACUUGCUAUCAGCAGUAAUAGUUAAAUUAAUUGGCAAACGCAAGUUGGUCAUAGGCUCCCUGUCGGCAACAGCUCUUUGCAGUCUCUUCAUCAGCAUAUACGCGGGGACGAACCUGCCGCGAGACCUCUUCUCUUACGAACCUCACACGUUCCCCGAGGCCACGGACACUCUCCCAGUAGUGCUGUUCAUGAUGCUAGUGUGUUUCACAAGUCUGGGAAUACCUUGGGUUGUACUGUCUGAAGUGUUUCCUUUUAGGAGUCGCGGAAUGGCGACAGGCAUAGCUGCAGCGUUGAGUUAUGUCAUGCUCUUUGUUGCAACUAAGACCAACUACAACAUAGAGUCAACAUUUCAUCUCAGUGGUGCAUUUACAAUUUAUGCCAUAUUUGGCUUCCUUGGUAGUUUGUAUCUAUAUUUCUACCUACCUGAAACAGAAAACAAGACAUUGGUAGAAAUAGAAGCCUUUUACAAGGGAAAUCGAAAGAUUUUCGCUGAUGACUUUUUGAUCAAUGCUUUCAAAAAGAAGUCGGGUAAUGAUGCUAAUGCUCCUAUGCUAGUCAAUUUUGCCAAGGACGAACAAGACCACUGCGCACUGGCGGUGUCAUGCGCGCACGACGGUGCGCCGGUGUACGGCAUCGCGCCGGACAACCGCACCGCACGCCUCUUUCUUGACACUUGCGACGUUCACGAGUAUAAUUGUGACCACAAAACGAGCACUUCUCACAUAGCUAAUGUAAUAAUAUCGUGUCUUCUAAAGGAAGGGGACCACUGCUCACUGGCACAGUCGUGUCUGCAUGACGGCGCCGAGGCUCGCGGCGUCGACGGCGACGGCCGGACCAUCCGCCUCUUCCUCGACGCCUGCGAUCUGUACGAGUACAACUGCGACCAUGGCACUAAUUUCCAAUUAAUAACCAUAACAAGCCCGUGUACAGAAGAUGAAAUUACGGAGAAUACAGAAACUGUUACGGAAAAUGCAGAAACGAUACAUAAACUGGACUCGGAUCAGUGGACUCCUGACGCGGAUGAUUACAACCCUGUGCAACUCGAUGAUAACAAUGUUGAUGAAGAGGAUCCAGACGAUUAUUAUUUUUGCUUGGUUGAUCGAACUGUCAAACCGAGAGUUUUGACGUCAUCAGAAUCUUCAACUUUUCGACGACGUUUCGACUUGGGUCACGUGACGUGUGUUAAAAGAUAUUUUAAAUUCAAUAUUUACAAAAAUAUGCUUAUUAGAGGUCCACUAAAGGUCGUAGCAUGCAUGUCUCCAAAUCUGCUGCUGCUGGACCUGGGUAUGGCUAUCAGCUUCUCAACUAUCGCAGUGCCUGAUCUUCUGAACGCUUCUGAAGGCCUUUCUUUAGAUGAACGACAGGCUUCAUGGUUCGGAAGCGUAGCAUUCCUAGCGCAGCCUAUCGGAGCACUUCUCUCCGGGCCCAUGGUGGACUACUGCGGUCGGAAGAAGGCCAACUUCAUCGCCAACCUGCCUCAUGUGUGCGCAUGGCUCCUCAUGUUCUUCUGCUGGAACCUGCCCACGCUUUUCCUGGCUAAUAUCCUACUUGGAUUCGGCACUGGAGUCAUGGAAGCGCCAAUCAAUUCCUAUGUCGGUGAAGUAAGCGAGCCAACCAUCCGCGGAGCCCUAUGCACUCUCUCGCAGCUGUUCACGUCCAUCGGUGUCUUCGUGAUGUACUUCCUGGGCACCGUCGUGAACUGGCGCAGGGCUGCACUCAUCUGCCUCGUCGCACCCGUUCUCUCCAUGCUUUUAAUUCUAUUGGUACCCGACACACCAGUCUGGCUGCUGGUCCAUAGACGUGAGAAAGAAGCCCUCGAGUCCCUGUGUUAUCUCCGUGGAUGGACUACACCCGAGAACGUUCGCGAGGAGUUUGAUGACCUUGUCAUCUACUCUAAGACUUUGCAGCAAUGCGUUAUCUGCCAACAAACUAACGAUAAAAUUCCAACUGACUGUGAACAUGACAAAAUGAAUAUCAUUAAGAGGUUGAUACUGAAAUUUAGAUACGUAAUGUUGUGCAAGGAGACUCUCCGACCACUACUACUCGUCUUGUUAUACUUCACAUUCCUGGUGAUGAGCGGGCUGGUCCCCACGAGACCAAACAUGGUCAAUGUGUGUGGAGCCCUUGGAAUGGCAGACAAUGGAAAAAACAUUGUGCUUAUGGUUGGCAUACUCACCCUGGCCACUAGCAUCGUGACGAUUGGGUUCAUCAAAAUCUUCGGCAAACGCAAACUGGCACUUUUCGCCAUGCUCGGCGCCGCCAUCUCCUGCGCAGCACUCAGCGCCUAUGCUAGGAACAACAUACAAGAUUCCGUCUUCUCCUAUGACACUGAUACGUUUCCUGACACAAAGAGCUAUGUGCCACUCGUGUUGUUUUAUAUGAUCACUAUCUUUAACGGAUUUGGAGUCCCAUGGGUGCUGCUUGGAGAAGUCUUUCCAUUUAGGAGUCGUGCUACCGCUCAAGGCAUAGCGGCGGCGUUAAACUACGUAGUAACCUUCAUUGCCACUAAAACAUUCAUCGACUUGGAGACAAGCACACAUCUAUGGGGGACCUAUGCCGUAUAUGCUGCCUUCAGUUUUCUAGGAACUAUAUACUUAUACUUCUUUUUACCAGAAACAGAGGGAAAGAGUUUGCAGGAGAUUGAAUCAUAUUACAAUGGCAAACUGAAAACCUUCGCUGAUGAUCCCGUCAUCAACCUGUUUAAGAGAUUUAAGAGAUAGUCUUUUUGGUGUCAAGUUAUUUAUUCCAUUGCAGAGAUCAAGACUUAUUAUGAUCGUUGAACGUAAGAGGCUUUAAGGAUUUGUUGGUCAUCUCUCUCGAGCUCAUGUUGAAGCUUGUGCCAAAAUAUAUUUUUAUUAUCGAGCAAUCUUAAUUUUUAAGCACAAUAUAAUGACGUUUCCAGAACUAAUUCACUAAAGAAACGAAUUAAAAUGAAUUAUUAUGAAAUAUUAAUGUUGUAUAUUACAGAUUUUAUUUAUAUGUUUAACUAGUAUGGAGUUUAAUUUUCUCAUAAUGUCUGAACUCGAUUUCCAUGUUAUACGCAUGUUGACAUAUAAUACCUAUUUAUAAAUAUAAAUAUUUGUAAACUGUU